AUGCUUGGACGGCCAUACAAGUUUGUUGCUGUCAUAAUGCUUGGACAGCCAUACAAGCUUGUUGCUGUCAGCAUGCUUGGACAGCCAUACAAGCUUGUUGCUGUCACAGUGCUUGGACAGCCAUACAAGCUUGUUGCUGUCACAGUGCUUGGACAGCCAUACAAGCUUGUUGCUGUCUCAGUGCUUGGACAGCCAUACAAGCUUGUUGCUGUCUCAGUGCUUGGACAGCCAUACAAGCUUGUUGCUGUCACAGUGCUUGGACAGCCAUACAAGUUAGUUGCUGUCAUAGUGCUUGGACAGCCAUGCAAGCUUGUUGCUGUCUCAGUGCUUGGACAGCCAUACAAGCUUGUUGCUGUCACAGUGCUUGAACAGCCAUACAAGCUUGUUGCUGUCUCAGUGCUUGGACAGCCAUACAAGCUUGUUGCUGUCUCAGUGCUUGGACAGCCAUACAAGCUUGUUGUUGUCACAGUGCUUGGACAGCCAUACAAGCUUGUUGCUGUCUCAGUGCUUGGACAGCCAUACAAGCUUGUUGUUGUCACAGUGCUUGGACAGCCAUACAAGCUUGUUGCUGUCACAGUGCUUGGACAGCCAUACAGGCUUGUUGCUGUCAGCAUGCUUGGACGGCCAUACAAGCUUGUUUCUGUCACAGUGCUUGGACAGCCAUACAAGCUUGUUGCUGUCACAGUGCUUGGACAGCCAUACAAGCUUGUUGUUGUCACAGUGCUUGGGCAGCCAUACAAGCUUGUUGCUGUCUCAGUGCUUGGACAGCCAUACAAGUUAGUUGCUGUCAUAGUGCUUGGACAGCCAUACAAGCUUGUUGCUGUCACAGUGCUUGGACAGCCAUACAAGCUUGUUGCUGUCUCAGUGCUUGGACAGCCAUACAAGCUUGUUGUUGUCACAGUGCUUGGACAGCCAUACAAGCUUGUUGCUGUCACAGUGCUUGGACAGCCAUACAAGCUUGUUGCUGUCAGCAUGCUUGGACGGCCAUACAAGCUUGUUAUCACAAUCUAGAGCCCUGGCCAUUUUGUCUAUAGUUUGUGUGUUAGUGUUACAUGUUUUGUUUGCAGGUAUUCACCGUUCAUAUUAAUGUUAAUUAUGCAGGUGGAAGUCCAGUAGCAGUAUCUCAUAAUCAGUACACUUUUUAUACGAUUUAUGCUUUUUAUAUAAAAAUAAUGUAACUUUUUGUAACAUUGACAGGGUACUUAACAUUAUCAGACAGCAGAGAGUUGGCCUGUCCUGAAGCUUGUAUCCAUACAUCCUACAGGGGUCAUGGUCAUACUCUCAAAGCUGUUCCCUCCUCAUGUCAUAAGAGAAAUAGUACAAUAAUGGUGUAUGUAAGAUAUUCAUUCAAUUACUUUGGAGUCACACAAUAACCUUCAGUUUAUUGAUGUAUGUUUGCAUUGUUGAUAUUCCACGCACGUGACUGUGGCCAUGUUAUCCCAGGCUUUGUCCGCCACUAGCCAGACUGAGAUUAGACAUGUAUUCAAGUUAGGAAAGACAAAUAUGUGCUGUUAUAGGUUGUUCUGUUAUAAUGGUUAACACUGCCACGCAGCCAGUGAUGUGGCUGUAGGUUGAGAGAACUGCCACGUACGCUGAAAGGAGGAGGGCGUGACAGGCAAGGACUGGUCAUGUGAUCUACAUCGAGGGGAGAGCUACAGGUACACUAGUCCAUAUGAUUGUGAAUAAAGUCAAUGCUGUUGCAACUA